AAUGCUAAUGCUCUCGUAACUACUAAAUUGUCAUUCCAUUCACCCACCGUCGUGCUUUCACCAUCAACAUCGUCGCUAUCGCAAAACCGUUAAUAUUCAUCCAAAUUCGCCCCAUCUGUCUCAUCACUUACACGAAAUACUGCCAUGUGGAUGCAUGACUGUUCCUCAUGUGCCUCUGCCAAAUCAGACGGGUUGCAAGCCUGGAUGCGACAUUUGACCGAGCAUCAUGUGAUCCCAACCGAAUGGCCAAGCGAUAGAGCGGCGAAGCUCACAGGCCCACCUGCUGUGCGCCCAUAUACGACGAUUACAGAAUCGAAGAAGAAGCGCCGCAAAGAUAGCAUUCCAAGACCUCUGAACAGCUUCAUGUUGUUCGCCCAACACAUCCGAAGAAACGUACUUCGCGUGUUCAGUGAUGCAUCAAACUCUGUGAUCAGUCAACAACUGGGCGAUCUAUGGCGCACCGUUCCGCAUAACUUUCGAACACAGUAUGAUGACGAGGCGAAUCGAUUGGUAAAGAUUCAUCUACUUGAAUUCCCAAACUACAAAUACCAGCCUAAAAAGAGGCAACCAAUAACCUCCGCUGCGGCGACCUCUGGAGUGAUCAGUCAUACGGUCGCUGCUCCUAGUAACUCAGGAGACUAUGCAAGAAUGACCGGUCGCUCUGCUAUUCGACUGGGUUCUUCGGAAACCAGAUCUGUGACCGAAAACACAGGAACACAACAAGAUAGUCCGAUUUACUUCAAGCCCAGGCUGUCUACUGCUGAUAGUGCACCGGCAGCCAUGGACAACUCUGCGCGACUCUGUUUUACAAAGACUGAGGAUCAACCCUCAGGGACCUAUUUCUACCACAGUGCCAACGAUUCUACAGCUUUCCGGCUAAUUAGUCCUGCCAAACUGUCACCAAAAACCGAUGUCACUACUCACAUCACUGAACAACCAUCGCAACUGAAAUCUAAUCACGGUACACUGAACAACACGGCAUCGAUUGCUCAUAGUCUUUCCUCGGUCUUACCACCACUAAUGACGCCGUCAUCCAAAUUGGCAACCACUUCCACUGCGGAUUUCUACACCCAGACUGGUCACUUUGGGUCGUGCGACUCAGCCUAUGCCUCUGGGAUAAACAGCUCCUCGUCUUCAUCAGCAUCAUCGCCAGCGGUUGGGGAUCUACUCUCACCCACUAAACCCAUCUCGAUCCUGGGAAGCUGUACAAAGUCAUCUCCCGUUCGGCGAAAGAUUCAGUUCAUCCCUAUUCGACCACAGUCGCAACAACCUUUGCAUUCAAAUAGUGGAAUGCAGCUGACGCGCCAGCGAUUUCUGUCUGCGAACAAUGGUCUACCGGAUCAAUCACAUUCGAACCGCACCGUAUUGUCAACAAGUCAUCCUAGUGUGAACAGUGCACCAAGAAGUGAUAACACAAUCCCAGUGUACCGCUUGGAUUCUUCUGACGCCAAUAUCGUGACUCUGAACGGUGGUCGGAGAGUACACCAGCUUGUUGCUCCUGUCUAUGUGCGACUCGACGCAGAAAGCAGCGGAACGAAUGAGGACGUAAUACUCACCUUGCCACCCGGUACCACCAUAAUCCAGACCGUCGGAGAUUUGCGGAACUUCCCAGUAAAGACCGGUGUCCUUCAAGCGCAUUCGAUGCAGGGUGGACAAUUAAUGCUUGCGCACCCAGUGGGAAAAACAGCGUCGCCUGUUGCUGAUACUCCGAUCCCAACAGCUGAUCUUUUCCAACUAACUGGUUCUACUGCAAAUGGAGAACCUUUAUCUGCCUCCGAAGAUAUGUCACCUCUCCCCUAUUCAUGUAGUUCAGCCUCACCGCCAGCUUGGUCCCCACUUUCUGGGGAUGUGUUUUUACCGCUUCAUCACGUACACACAACAGCUGCACUAGACGACGAUGCAAACUGCACAGCAAAGUCCUCCACAUACUCGUUAAUGUCGAAUACGGACUCUGGAACAUAUUUGUACGAGUCAGAAGACUCUGUCAUGGACAGUCAUUUUGAUUGCGAUACUGACCUAGUGGAUAAGGUUAAGAUGGAACCGGUCCCUAAAACCGAAAGCCGUAACAACGAACUGUUCUGCGGUAUGCGUUAUACUUCACCUCGUGACCAUGCUACGGAAUACAGCACAACUUGGACAUCAUCAGCCGGUGCAGUAGAGUUCACGCACAACAACCGGAAUGGAAGUGUUACUGGUACCGGAUCAUCUUUCAUCCCUCUGGCCAUUGAUGUUGCAAAAGCCGAUCAAUCGAGUGACCAACUCAUAAUGGAUAGCGAAACACCGAUGUCUGAUUUUCCGAUGGCGAAUGAAGAUAAUUUCGACGCGAGUUUUGAUGCAAUGAUGAAUUCCUUUGAUAUUACGGCGUUUCUACCGGGGACCUAUUCCACUAACGAUGAUCUAGUUGUUGGGGAGGAGUUUGCCGAAGACAAUUAUGGUGCGAAGACACAAGGCAGGGUUGUUGGGGCUGAUAGUUUUCGGCAUGAACAAACCUCCAUAGAGGAACGACGACUGAAUUUCGAUCGACGGACAGUUUGCCCAGAAGAAGCGACUGAAGGCACUAAUUUUAACUCUACGAUAGAUGUGGAUGAUAUGCUGACGAGCCUCGACAGUCAACGGGCUGUGAUCGUUACGAAUGACUACUGUUCAACCACUCCUUACCUAACUGAUCAUUCAAAGGACGUGAAUACGAUGAUCAACAAUGCUACUGCCAGUACCCACGAUAGUAUCGUAUCUGAUAUUCAGUCAAGAUACCAGAAUCAGAUGAACUCACAACAUUCCCCAUUAUCCGACUUGGAUGCCUUGGACAAAUCUAGCUUGCUCAUUAUCAAACCGGACUGGUCUCUGCGCGUUUGA